GCUUGACGCCGACACGUCUCGAUGAAUCUGUUGCUGAAGUAACUUUGGAGCACAAUCUGAGGCGCAAUUGGAGGCCUGCGUUUAAUCGAGUGAUGCAUUUCCAGGAGUGGUUACGGUCACUUCGCUCCAGCGCUAGACUCAAGGGUCCCGAAUCCGAAAACCUGUGGAGUCUUUUGCCGUCUCUGCCCCUGUCCUCCUUCUCCCUGCCCUCUCUGUCCCCCUCCUCUCUGCUGGGCAUCGGCGCUGUGGCCUCUCUCACUGCGUACUGGCUGGUGACUCGACCUCGACCCAUGCUCCCUCCCUGCGAUCUGCAAGCCCAGUCUGUGGCUGUGAAUGGAGAUCCCAGCUGCAGGCGAUCGGCUCUUCUUAAAGAUGACUCACUGAUGGAGUUUUACUACGAUGACACAAGGACGGCCUUUGACAUGUUCCAGAGAGGAGUGAGGAUUGCAGGAAACGGCCCGUGUCUGGGCUUCAGAAAGCCGGGGCAGCCUUACCAGUGGAUCUCCUACGCUGAGGUGACUGAGCAGGCGCAGGUGCUGGGCUCCGGGCUGUUGGCCAAAGGCUGCCAGCCGAACCCGCAGCAAUUUGUGGGGAUAUUUGCACAAAACAGACCAGAGUGGAUCAUCUCGGAGCUGGCCUGCUACACGUACUCCAUGGCGGUGGUGCCUCUGUAUGACACACUGGGGCUGGAGGCCAUGGUCCACAUACUCACCCUGGCGGAGAUCUCUCUGGUGAUCUGCGACCGGGAGGAGAAGGCUGCAGCUUUGUUGGAGAACAAGGAGGCGGGCGUGACCCCAAAGCUCUCCUGCUUGGUUCUCUUCAACGAUUUCAGCAACGCGUUUGUUGAGAGGGCAAAGAACUGCUAGGUGGAGGUUUUGAAACUGGAGCAGCUUCAUGGCAGAACCCUCAAAGAUCCUGUGCCGCCCCAGCCUCAGGAUCUGGCCGUGGUUUGCUUCACCAGUGGAACCACAGGAAAGCCCAAGGGAGCCAUGAUCACCCACGGCAACAUCGCCUCCAACACUUCCUCUGUCAUUAAGAUCCUGGAGGGUUCGUUUGUGAUCCGACAAGAGGAUGUGUCUAUCUCUUACCUGCCGCUUGCCCACAUGUUUGAGAGGAUGAUUCAGAUCUCUAUGUUCUGCCAUGGGGCCCGAGUAGGAUUCUACCAAGGCGACAUUUCCCUUCUCAUGGAUGACAUUAAAACUCUCAAACCUACCUUCUUUCCUGUUGUGCCUCGUUUACUCAAUCGCAUCUAUGACAAGAUCCUGGGUUCGGUGACCUCCCCGUUACGACGGGCUUUGCUUCACUACGCCGUGAGGAGAAAGCAGGCUGAGCUCAGCAGUGGCGUUGUACGCAACAACAGUCUGUGGGACAAACUGGUGUUCAACAGGAUUCAGGCCAGUUUAGGAGGUAAUCUGCGGUUCGCCCUGACUGCCUCGGCACCCAUCUCCCCCACUGUGCUGUCCUUCCUCAGAGCCACUCUGGGCUGUCUGAUCUUUGAGGGUUACGGCCAGACAGAGUGCACCGCCGGCUGCACCUUCUCCAUGCCGGGGGACUGGGAUGCCGGUCAUGUAGGGGCUCCUUUGCCCUGUGCCAAGGUGAAGCUGAUAGAUCCUGAUAUGAACUACUACGCUAAGAACGGCGAUGGAGAGGUGAGAUCUGUAAUAAGUGGCCCCAGUGUGUUCAGAGGUUACCUGAAGGACCCAGAAAGGACGGCUGAAGCCUUGGACAGCGACGGCUGGCUGCACAGUGGGGACGUGGGCCAGUGGCUUCCAAACGGGACGCUUCGCAUCAUUGACAGGAAGAAGCACAUCUUCAAGUUGUCCCAGGGAGAGUACAUCGCUCCAGAGAAGAUAGAAAAUGUCUACGUGCGUUGUGUUCCUGUGCUCCAAGUGUUCGUGCACGGAGAUAGUUUAGAGUCGUAUCUCAUAGGCAUAGUCGUACCUGACCCUGAGGUGUUUGUCAGCUGGGCUAAAGACCGAGGAUUUGUGGGAUCCUAUGAAGAGCUGUGCCAGAAUCCUGAUUUAGAGAAUGCGGUUUUAGAGGACAUGAAAGCUGUAGGGAAGGAAGCAGGGCUGAAGUCCUUUGAACAAGUGAAGGACCUUCACUUGCAUCCAGAGACGUUCAGCAUCGCCAACGGCCUUCUCACCCCCACACUGAAAAGUAGACGCGCUGACAUCCGCAGAACCUUUCAGGAACAAAUAUCGAGCAUGUACAGCAAGAAAGCCUUUUGAUGGACGCCACACACACCAAGGUUACUGGCGUCCAAUAAGAGAUAACACAAAUGGAACCGGGACCCGGGAGAAGAGAAAAGUCCAAUCCUAUACGUCCAGCAGUGCCUUAUUUGAAAUAUACAACUGUAUAUCAUUUGGAAUAUUGGUAUUUUGCCUCAAAUAAGUUUUAAUUCAAAUCCACCUCCUGCACAUGUGUGUAAUAUCUUAACUUCACGUGAUUGGGACCAAACCACUUUUUGUUUUAAAUUCCAAUCUCACUGUUGUCUUUGUCACUAAUUCAGUUAUUUACUGGGACAUUUUACUGAUGCAUAAAUUAUUGUAUAGUUGUAGAGAUAAACAUCCGAAGGUUAAGAAGCAAUGUGCAGAAGAUGUUAAGUUAGACAUUUAAUUCACACGGCCCUGAUUUUAAAGGGACAUUGAUACUCAUAGAACUUGCGUUAACUGUAGGUUUAGGUGCUUGGGCCCUUGUUAAGCUUUUCAUGAACACUCUUGAUCGUAGCUUGUCGGUUGUGUAUUUUUCAUAUUGGUUUAGAAAGAUUUCAUAAACCAGUGAGCAUGUCAUCCAUCACCUAAACUUAAACCAUUAACUAUAAGGGGUUCAACUAGCAUGGAUUUGUUUUACGAAAUGGCUGAACAGUACAUGCUGCUUAUGAGAUUCACUGACAGGACACCGACUAAUUCCAGUAAA